AUGCGUGUGCAGGGCGAGGUGGUGGGGGAGGCGCGGAGCGUGCAGUGCGAGUGCUGCGGGAUCGCGGAGGAGUGCACGCCCACCUACAUCGGCCGCGUCCGGGCGCACUUCCACGGCAAGUGGGUGUGCGGGCUGUGCGCCGAGGCCGUCAAGGAGCGCCAGCAGCGGGACCCCGACCUCGCCAUGGCCGCCGCCGUCGACGCCACGGCCGCGCUCUGCCAGCGCUUCAACUCCACCGUCCGCCUCAACCCCAAGCUGUCCCUCGCCAGCUCCAUGCGCGACAUCGCCCGCAAGAGCUGCCAGCACCGCGGCGCCACCGGAUCAGCAGGCACAUGCACCGCCGCCGGCGGGAUCAGUUCCUCCGACGCCGCCUGCUGCGGCGCCGGCCGCGCCACCAGCUGCGCCCUGCGCUACGUCUGACGAUCAGCAAACAGGUCCCCAACCCUAACUACAGAAUACAGAUCGAUCGACCAAUACAUGCAUGCAUGCAAGCAUGCCUCGCCUGCAGUGUUAAUUUGAUCUUGCAUGUCUUUGUGAUUUCAGAUGAUAGUACUUAU